CACAUUACUUCCCUUUGAUUGCUAGCGGCCAUUUACAGCAAUUGAUAAAGGUGGUAUGUUUAAAUGUUUCACAACGUGUAAAUCAGUUAUCUCAGGGACAUGUCAAGGUUACAAGGACAUGUACGUUUGAUAUCUUAGAUCAAGUUUACUAUGAUAAACAUUAUGUGUAAAUAUUUUUCAUCGAGUAGUGCUAUUUUCUCAUCUGUUUUUAAUAUAUCAUAUAGGACUAUGUCUAUUCGUUUGUUUGAUGAAAAACAGCAUGCGUCACUUUAUGCUAAAUACAGGCCAACUUAUCCCAGCACAGUGUAUACUACGAUAGAAAAUUAUUACAAGGAAAAUAAAAACGAUUCAUGUAAUUUUGAACUCGCGGUUGACAUAGGAUGUGGCAAUGGACAGAGUUCUGUUCCUUUAACUAAAACAUUUAAAAAAGUAAUCGGAUAUGAUGUCAGUGAGCAACAAAUUGCGUCAGCACCUAGGGACAUUGAAAAUUUGACGUUCCGUGUGGGUCCCGGUGAAGAUUUGAGCUUUUUGAAUAAUGACGAGGUAGAUUUAAUAACCGUGGCUCAAGCUUUGCAUUGGAUGAACAUAGAAAAAUUGUAUGACGAAGUGAGACGAGUUAUAAAACCAGGUGGUGUAUUUGUAGCGUAUGGAUAUGGGAACAAUGUACUAGAUAGAGAAAAAGCACAAUUUGCUGUGAAUGAGUUCUAUAGAAAUCUAUUAGGACCUUAUUGGGAUAAACAAAGACAACAUAUUGAUGAACACUAUGCACGUAUGAGUCAUCCAUUUAAAGACUGGCAAAGACUAGAGACCGAUGACCUUGCUAUACGACGUGAUAUGCCAGUUGAUGCUUACAUAGGUUACCUGUCAACCUGGUCAGCGUGGAGAACUUAUCUUAAACAACACCCACAGUCCGACGUUCUGGAUCUGUUAAAACAAAAUCUGGAGAUAAUUUACAAUGGAAGUAAUGUGUCGGUCUACUGGCCUGUAUUUAUGCUGAUAGGACGAAAACAUUAACGACGGCAGUGAUGUGUCGGUCUACUGGCCAGUAUUUAUGCUGAUAGGACGAAAACAUUAACAACGGUAGUGAUGUGUCGGUCUACUGGCCUGUAUUUAUGCUGAUAGGACGAAAACAUUAACGACGGCAGUGAUGUGUCGGUCUACUGGCCAGUAUUUAUGCUGAUAGGACGAAAACAUUAACAACGGUAGUGAUGUGUCGGUCUACUGGCCUGUAUUUAUGCUGAUAGGACGAAAACAUUAACGACGGCAGUGAUGUGUCGGUCUACUGGCCAGUAUUUAUGCUGAUAGGACAAAAAUAAAACAACGGUAGUGUUGUGUCAGUUUACUGGCCUGAAUUUAUGCUGAUAGGACGAAAAUAUGAACAACAGUAGUGAUUUGUUAGUUUUCUCACUUGUAUUUAUGCUGGUAGGCCGAAAAUAUUUACAAUUGAAGUGAUGUAUCAGUGUUUUGGCCUGUAUUUAUGCUGAUAGGACGAAAAUAUGAACAACGGUAGUGAUUUGUUAGUUUUCUCACUUGUAUUUAUGCUGGUAGGCCGAAAAUAUUUACAAUUGAAGUGAUGUAUCAGUGUUUUUGCCUGUAUUUAUGCUGAUAGGACGAAUAAAGAUUAGUAAAAAUAUUCUUUGUGAUGGACAUAUAUCGAAUAAGAGAUGAUUGUUGAAGAAAAGGGUGCAU